CUGAGGUCAGCUGACACUAAAGAAAAACAGGAAUAGUUCCAGAUUCUGCAAUCGAAAAUGAAGGGAGACUUACAUUAGAAAACAGCCUCCUCCGGUCCUUAAUCCAAAGUUUUGUUGAUAAAUAUAUCUUGUAUAUAAUUCACGCCGUUUGAAGCUUACGAUGGGUUUAUUUUUAAUGUUGAAAGGAGAGAUGCACCGAUUCCGCCAUCCGCUAUCACAGAAAGCAUUCAUACUCCAAGUACUUUUGGUCUUUUCUCAUGGUGCUGUGGGUACCGACAUUCGAACAGAAUGCACGAACGACAAGAUCCGGCUUAGCCACCCUCAACUUGCUGAUCCUAUCCAGGAAAAGUCUUACAAAGAGCUGAUCUGGACUGUUGACGAUCCAGAAAAGCAAGGCCAGGACAAACAAAAGCUCGUGUAUUGUAACGAGUAUUUUAAAUGCCACAAGUAUAACAUCACUGGGAGAUAUCAGCAGAGAAUUGAGACAACAGCUGCCGUGCGGGGUGUGCUUUACAUCAAACAGAAGAAGUUCAACGAUAAACUCACGUACACAUGCCGCGUGAUACAUAAAGGAAACAAGCCUCCGUGUGAUUACACGAUCACAGUCAGUUCUUCAGCAAAUUGCUUGUCCACGACUGUUGGUAAAAGCAUCGACCUGAGCCGUCCGAUUCAUGGAAAAUUUUCAAAGAAUGACAUGGAAGACAUAUCAUGGUACAGGAUUCUUCAGGAUGGUGGAAAGGAAAAAAUUGCGCACUGCAGUCCAUCCAGGGUUUUGUGCACAUUGAUCAAUUGCACAAGAUCUUGCCCAGAAUAUUUAACAAGGUUAAAGACAGACGGACUGUCAGUCAUCCUGACAAAAGUCACGCCCAAUGACCGCGGAUUAAGAUUUCAAUGUGAGUUACAUCCCAUCGGAAUCCAACGGGCACCUCGAGUUUACAUCAUUCGGGUGAGAGAUGUCGCCUUACCCCGACCAGCUGUCGACGGAUCAACUUCACCCUCCAUUAAGACAGCACAGCCCACCCGAGCCAACGCUCGAUCUUACACUAUGAACAACAGUUGGCAAGCACCUGUAUUAAACGUCUCUGUUAUUUGGGUGAUCAUACAGUUCAUGAUCUCAGUUUGCUCCAUGCCAUAGAAACAGCAGGAGAAACCACAAGCUUGUUCAGUGGAAACUUUACUACAGAUCCUUGACUGCGAAUAAUAGCAUCCAAAUAUCUUGGGCUAUCAUUGCAUAAGACAAAAGAUUGUCAUUAAAUCUCUUGCCUGAGAAAGGAACAUUCACCCACAAAGAGUAGAUAAGACUGUGCGAAAACACAAAAUGUAUAUUUAUUAAGAGAAAUUUGCUCAAAGUUUUAAAUAUAACGCUUCCACUUUUUAAA